CCUUGGUACUCUUUAGCUGAACCAGUUGUGCGGAGUGAACUAAAUAGCCUGCCUGAUGGAGCUGUAUUCAUCUACUGCCAAGUUGGAGAUCGAGCCUACUGGAAAGACCCCAACAAUGAAUUCAGAAAGAAUCUGAAACUAACUGCAGUGCCAACACUACUUAAAUAUGGGACACUUCAGAAGUUGGUAGAAGAAGAAUGUCUGAACAGAGAGCUCGUGCAUAUGUUGUUUACUGAAGAUUAAGUUCGUUCUCUUCUUUAGUCAAUCAUUUAUCUAGUAAGUAGGUACUCGUCUUCAAGCUGAUGAUUACACUGACUGUCUCCUUUAAAUGAAAGCAAAGUCUGAAUGGAGAUAGGCGGCCAAAAUUAAUGCCACUGGUACUGCUUGUACAGAGCAUGGGAGGAGAAUCUUGUAACAUUAAGCAAAGUAACUGAUUCUUAUGCUGAAUUAAACUCAAGUGCAACAAA